GGCUCAGAGCAGGAGGAGACACCAGAGGAGCAGGCAGAGCACGCUGGGAGAGACACAGUCUGCAGCCUUUACAUCAACACAAAACAGGAAUUGUGGACCUUUAACGUUUCAUUUGCGACUGAAAAUCAAUGAAGGAGAGACGCUGCAGUCAGAAACUAUCUCUGAAGUCCAGCAUGGAUCCCAGUCAGAGUGUGAAGUGUAAGAUAGUGGUGGUGGGAGACAGCCAGUGUGGGAAGACAGCUCUGCUUCACGUGUUCGCCAAGGACUGCUUCCCAGAGAGCUACGUCCCCACUGUGUUCGAGAACUACACAGCCAGUUUUGAAAUCGACACGCAGAGGAUCGAGCUCAGUUUGUGGGACACCUCAGGAUCUCCGUACUACGACAACGUGAGGCCUCUCUCCUACCCCGACUCUGACGCCGUCCUCAUCUGCUUCGACAUCAGCCGCCCUGAAACCCUCGACAGCGUCAUGAAGAAGUGGAAAGGGGAGAUCCAGGAGUUUUGUCCCAACACUAAGAUGCUGUUGGUCGGAUGCAAGUCUGACCUGCGCACCGACCUGAGCACGCUGGUGGAGCUGUCCAACCACAGACAGACACCCGUCUCCUAUGACCAGGGUUCCAGCAUGGCCAAGCAGAUCUCGGCGCCCUACAUCGAGUGCUCGGCCCAGCAGUCGGAGAACAGCGUCAGAGACAUUUUCCACGUGGCCACGCUGGCGUGCAUCAACAAGAACAACAAGAACGUCAAGCGCAGCAAGGCCACCCGCGGCAACAAGAGGAUUUCACACAUGCCCGGCAGGCCCGACCUGGCGGCCGUGGCCUCGGACCUCCGGAAGGACAAAGCCAAAAGUUGCUCGGUCAUGUGACUGAUCAGACUGCGGCGGAUUAGACUGAGGAUGAGGACAGAGCACAGUGCAAGCAGGAAGCUGUGGGGCGACGCUCUUUCCUGCAUGCGAAAGACCCCUUAUUUGUCCGGAGAGGGGUUUUAUAAGCUUCAAUUCAUGUACAUGUUACUGGAAUACUCUGCACCGGUGGAGACUCAAUGCGUAGUAGCGUCCCAAUCCAUGUGGCCCCGCCAGACGAGGAAGCUAUCCGUCAGCGAGCUACCUGCUCGGGGAAGUGACCCGCUUCCUCCGGGAGGACGGAGCGGAUACGGUGGAGGCUUUCCACGCCGACAGGAAAUGAGCAGGAGGAGUGAUGUCAUGAGGAGACGCUCGUUCAUAAAGGAAGAACAUGUGGUCUUUUGAAUGAGAGCCAAAGCCGGCGAUGGGGGGGUUUGCUGCACGCAGGAAAAAAAAAAGAGACGCUGGAUCAAAGAGGUUUUGCUCGGAGGGUUUAAACACCAACUCGUACUGAUUCACGCUCACCCCCUGCUCCUGUAACUGUAGCGCAGAGGACAUUGGAAGAGGAAGUUCGUGGUCCUGACGCUGUUUGUCCCCUGUCUCUGAUAUGUUGUCGGUAUAAUGUGAAGUCAUUGGUGUGUAACUGCAUCAUUGUUUUAUUUUAGCUUCAUCCUGUUGAGUUGCUGAUCCUCAACGAUUUCUUGCGUUCGUAACUGCACGUUUGUAGCAGCCAUUUUGUGCCCGUUUAUUUCAACACCUGCAGACGCUCUGAUGACAGAUUACCUGUGGUUAACUGACAGGUUUAUGGACUCCUCUGUAUUUCGGAAGUAGAAUGACUCAAAGCUGUAGUCACCCUUCAGGCCAACAAGUCCAUGUGAUAAACAAUUUGGCCCUUCAGUUAGUGACACUGUUUUGAAACAACAAAACACAAAUAACUUGCGCAACACGUUUUAAAAACCUUAAUGGGCCGACAAGCGUCCUGACAGGCUGACAGCCAGUUGGAGCUGUGAGUCACUGCACUUCGGGGAGGGAGUGGAAAUGUAAGCAACAAUUAAAGCUUGUUUAUCAGACUCUGAAAACAUCGGAGCUCUCUGCUUUGCAUUUCCUUCAAGUGUGCAGACUCUGCUGUUGGUUAAAUCCUCAUAAAGGCCCGGUCACGCACGCCAGCAACUACUGGGAUCAGACAAUUAACUGGUUUCAUUACUUUCUAACAUUUUAUAGACUAAAUGACUAAUGAAGAAAAUAAUCAGCAGAUUAAUCAAUAACAAAAUUAGCUGGUUGACAAUAAACAAGAUGAUUUUAGCUUGCUAACGUGACGUUGGUUUGGAGAAUGGGUC